AUGGCCAGGAAUGUUGAAAAUACUUCUCAGCUUGUGGAUGAUAUUGACAAGAAAAUACUCUGCUGUCCUGUAUGUCGGGAAAGAUUCACAGCACCAAAGAUACUGCCAUGUGUUCAUACAUUCUGUGAGGUUUGUCUGAAGACGUGGGUUGAGAAGAACGGUGGUCAGUUGACUUGUCCAACAUGUCGCAAGCUGCAUGUCAUUCCUCCAGGUGGUAUUAGAGCAUUAAACAACAAUGUUUUUAUAAAUGAAAUGCUGGAAAUGUUCUCUAAAGUCAAGAUUGGCCAAGAUGUGUCGAAGUGUGACAUGUGUGACUCAACAGCCUUGUUCUGGUGCAAGGACUGUGUCGAGUUCUUUUGUCAAGAUUGUAGUGUACCGCAUAGUCGUAUGCGAGCUACGAAAAACCACAAAUUGAUGACAGUGGAAGAGUACCAAGAAUUUGAGAAAUCCGGUCAGCGCCAACUCAUCCAACCACGAUUCUGUACAAAUCACCCUGACAAACAACUGGAGUUAUUCUGUGAUGUGUGUCAAGUCACAGCAUGCACGCAGUGUUUUUUGACCGACCAUAACGGAUCCGAUCAUCAAGUCAUAGCCUUCGAAGAUGCUCUGAAUAAAUAUACUCCAAAUUUACACCAUCUGAUAGAUGAACUGGACAAACCAGUGACGUCACUGAAAUCCGAUAAGGAGAAACAGGAUCUAGCAAUAAAUCAGUUCAAACAUGAACAUAUAUCGGUGGAAAAACAAAUAAAACAACACGUAGCUGAGAUUAUAGAAGGUUUGAAAAAAGAAGAACAGAGUUUUCUUGCCACGGUGACUGAAGUAUUCAACACGCAAUACAAAGAAUUACAGGCGCAGAUGGAACACAUUGAGUUGAACUUGGGACGUGCAGAAAGUAUGCAGUCUUAUGCUAAAAUCUUCCUUCAACAUGGUAACCCUGCUGAUAUUUUAUCAGUAAGAAAGAGUUUAGAAAAUGAGAUGAAGGAGUUGGGAGCUAUCGCACCAUUAAUACAGGAUGAAAUUGAAAGUGCCAUUAAUUUGAAUUUCCAGAAAACAAGUUCACCACUGCUAACUAUCGGGGAAGUUACAUGUAAACGGAGUGGGAGUAAAAAAAGAAAAUCUCACAUUCUCACUGGAACCAUGCCAAAUGGUACGAUGCCAGAGACAACAUAG